AUGAUCCCCCCGGGAGACUGCAUGAAGCCGUCCUCUGCCAACGAGAAAACCAACCCAUCCAAGCGGCAUCGGGACAGGCUGAACGCCGAACUGGACCGGCUGGCCAGCCUGCUGCCCUUCCCCCCGGACGUCAUCUCCAAACUGGACAAGCUGUCGGUGCUGCGCCUCGCCGUUUCCUACCUCCGCGUCAAGAGUUUCUUCCAAGAGCGCUGA